AUACCGCGCUCGCCUAGACCGCAAGACGUUCCUUGAUUGCACUUGUUCGACUCAGCCUCACGCCACAAUCGCGAUCGCACGACUCACCACUUCUUUCCUGUAUAGCGGCUGGCAACUCGAGGUUCUGUCGAGUGUUUCAGAGAGCAACGCGCGCUUCAGCCACGCGGAAGCUGAGCUUCCGUUCAGCCACGGAAGCUGCGAUAGGAGCGCGUCGAUGGCCGCGAUGACCACCUCGACAAGUCAAUCUCACCCGCCCACGCACGAAGCACAAUUCCGCCAACCUAGCAGCAAGCCGACAACCUUUUCGCACCUGCCGCCCGAGCUUCUGCAUCACAUCGUCUCUUUGAUCUACCUCGACUCCAUCCCUCGCGCCGUGUUCCGUUGCUUGGACCCUCAUGGUCUGCCAUCAGCUUACGAAGAUGGACGACUCAUCUCCCGUACGAGCAGGCAAGCCACAUCGGAUCUGCUCAGCAUUUCGAGGACCAACAAGGCAUUGCAUGCCGCUGCUAGACCCCUGCUUUUUCGAAGGUUGCAAAUCACAUUGCCAUUUAGCUUCUUGUUGCUGUUGAGGACUCUGGGAGCUGCGCACCUAGCAGAGGCGUACGAGGAACACGAAAGACUUCGGAAACCAACAACGUCGGACGAUAGCACGGAUGAAGGGGCUUUCUUCACUAGCGAUGCUGCGAGCACCAGUUCGGAGGAGGAGGAAAGCUCGAGGGGGGAAGAAGACCAAGGCAUACCUGCCCAUCGCGCGCAUCGAACACCAAGUCGGAGCCCUGUGAGGGAGCACGGAAGGAGCUCCACACAAAGUCCGCCUCGGAGCAGAAGUAGAAGUCAUCAGGCACUGUCUGAUGCCGGGGCUGGAGGCAGCGCUGAUUUGGAAAGAUCGGAUGUGCGGACAGGACCAAAGAAGCAAUUGGGCUUCAGCGCUAUGGUUGCUGCGGCUGGCUUUGCGAGGGUCACGGGUAGCAAGCUGGUCAUUCAGAAAGAUCGCAGAGAUCGAUUGCUCAGAUCUCAGCAAUCAGGAACAGCACCAAGUGGUGCUACUGCUACUGAGAGUGCAGCAGAUGAGAGGAGCGGAGCUGAAAUGCAGCUGGUGUGGAUCGAGCAAACUGCGGGUCUCUUCUCCUUGUCUCUUAGUCGCGCGCCUCGCGGUGCCAAUCACUAUCCCAGGGUGCUCGACUUCUCCACCUUUACAACGCAAGGCAUGCGAAGAUCUUUGGGUCAGGGCGAGACGCGCUUCAUCACGCCAGCUCGAUUGCUCGCUCUCAUCACGGCAGCAGACGCAUUAGUCAGCGUAGGCUUUUGUGAGAGCAUGGACAGCGCUAUCGACGUUGCUGUCCUCGAGGCUUUGCUCUUUAGGGACGGCAAGCUUACCCCACCAUCGCGGAUACGAGGCAUUUCCAUGGAAAGAGCACGGAGGGAAGGAAGCGAGCGCCGAAGAUUGCAGGCUAUGGAUCUGUCAGGUUGUAUCAGCAAUGCCUUCAAAGCCGGCCUGCAGACAUUUGUGGACCGUCAUCUCAACAAGUCCAGUGGAAGACCCACAUCGACAUUGUUCGAGGAGUCCGAAACAUCCACCGCCGACGAUGACGAUUCCCAGGUAGAGGAAGAAGAAGAUCGCAGAGGGCGAAGUCGAAGCACGCAUCGCACGGGCACCUCGGAGUGGUCUUCUGCGAGAUCGAGCUCGGUACGAACAGCUCGAUCUAGUCAACAAGUGCAGCGAAGCCUUUCGAGGUACAGUCGUGCCGAUGAUGACGAGGCUCCCUCCACACAUCCAGCCCGAGCCACGCGCUUCCCGUCUCUUAGACGUCUGAGCCUCAGCUACGUCACUUUUCCGGAAAGCUUGCUGCAGCCCUUCAUUCUUUCCUUUCCUCGCCUAAUCCAUCUGGACCUGACAGGCACCAAGAUAGGUCCGCAGACGCUAUUUUCGCUUGGAGCUCAGCCUGGCCUGCAUCUGCAUAGUCUCAGUUUGGCUAAAUGCCCGCAUAUGUCGAGCGAGUCAAUAAGGUGGCUGCUCGUCGACAGCCCCGUCUGUCACAGCUUGACGGAACUCUCCUUGGCAGGCACGCUUUUGCAGCCCACGCCGAUCGAUGCGCUCGAUAUGAAGGCCAUCUUGACGGAAGCUCCCUGCAUGCUGCAUGGUGCUAUGCGAUAUCUCGAUUUGGCAAGCUGUCCGGUGGCAGAAGUCCUUGGAGAGAUACACGUCCAGCCUUGCUUACUCGACCUGGGACUCGGAGCACUACCUCGGCUCAGUCUGUCGAAGAUUUCGGAAUUCUUGAUCGCCAAGGCUCCCAAUGUGCAAGUGCUCAGCAUUCCCGAAACGAGCAGUGCUCUAGGCUCGGGCGCCUUGUCACCAAUGGACAUUGUGGAGAGCUUGUUGCGUCCUUGCGCUGUCCCUCCGCCACUGACGCUCAGCCAACAAUUGGCUCAAAUGGGUCUACCACAGCUGCUCGGUGCCCAGCCCAACGCAGCGCCUGUUCAGAGGGCAAAAACGAACCUUCGUGUGGUGGAACUCGCUUCGGGACCUUUGCGAGGCUUUGGCAGGUAUCAUGGAUGGCAAGCCAUCUUUGGCGCUGGACGUAGAGGCUGGCUGGUAGAUUGCACUGCUGGGCCCAACCCGGACGCCGUAGACGAGGCGCUUGCGGAGCCAGAUGAGGAAGGCGGUGGGGCGGCUCAGCAAGCACAAGGGGAGCAAGAGACUAGAGGCAGGCCUUUGAGAUGGAAAAGUAGAGCGAAAGCCACUUCCUGGGAACCUGAGACGCCACCCACCUUAACGCGCAAAUCUACUCUUUCGCCCUCUCCUGCUAGAAGAGCAAGGCAGACGCCGCUCGUCAGUCGUUCCGGCUCGAUGCGAAGAGCCAACUCAAGAGGCGGGGAUGCGCAACGGAGCUUGACUUCUGUCGCAGUCUCAUCUGUGGCCCAGGCAUCGACAACUGUAGCUGCGGACCAGGUAGAUGAGACCACCCCUUCACUUUUUGACCAGGCUGGACCAGCGGUGGCUCGCGGGGUGGCGCCAAGCGACGUUGAGCCAGAGAUUGUCGAGCCCAGGAAUGAAGUUGUCAGAGGUCUGCCUCUUGAACAUCCACGAGCAAAAGUCCUGCAGCAAUUAGCGGCUGCCAAUGGCCACGUUCCCGGUAACAUUGGCUGGCACAGCCUCAAGUGCGAGAUCCUACUGGGUUAUGGCUUUUUGGGCCGGGAACAAGGCCGCUAUGCCUACAUUGCCUAUCAGGUCUAACGAAAAGUCUCCAAAUCGUGUAAACAGAUCUGCAUGCCAGCCACCUUUUGAAGCCUCGACAUUGAGUCAGGAGGCGCAUGGUGCGACCUACACGUGGGCAAGAGUCGCAUCUACAAGUACAUGAGCACCCCGGGUGGAUUCCUCGACCUGGCGUGCAUCACUAUUUUAACGAACGAUGCCAAGACAAAUUUGUUUGGUUGUACAUCAUCCUGGCAUUCACAUUGUUCAUAGUCACUUCGAUGGGAGCGAUACCUGCCUGCUGAGCACAUGGUUCAAGGACCAGCCCGAAACUCCGAAAGAGCUGGGGUGCCAUCCGAUUGCAGCGGG